GGGGAGGGGCUCUGCGGACGCGCGGGGGCUGGGGACCCGGCUGCCGGACUGCCGCCGCGGGGCUUUGAAGCCGGCUGCCAAGGCUUUGUUAGCGGCGGGCGAAUUCCCUCCCGCGCCAAGCCGCAGGUCGCGACAAGUUCUUAGAAGUUGUGGCGGUCGACCCCAGAUCCAACGCCCUGAGGUGCAUUCAGACCUCUGUGCAAGCGACUGUCAGGUGUUGCGAAGCUUGUCGUUGAACUCCUGGACGCUGGAGGCCCGCACGGGAGCGGGGAGGGAGAAUCGGCUGCAUGCCGCAGCCCUCGUUGCCCCGCGCAGCGCGGGACUGCCACAAGGAAAGGCAGACCCUCGCCCUAGCAGUACCAUACCGGAGAAAUUCGAUGCUACUGUGAUGCUGCCCACUGUGUGGCAACUGGUUAUAUGUGUAAAUCUGAGCUCAGCGCCUGCUUCUCUAGACUUCUGGAUCCUCAGAACACAAACUCCCCACUCACCCAUGGCUGCCUAGAUUCUCUUGCAAGCACAGCAGACAUCUGCCAAGCCAAACAGGCCCAAAACCACUCUGGCACCACCAUGCCCACAUUGGAAUGUUGUCAUGAAGACAUGUGCAAUUACAGAGGGCUGCAUGAUGUUCUGUCUCCUCCCAAGGGUGAAUCCUCAGGACAAGGAAACAGAUAUCAGCACGAUGGUAGCAGAAACCUCAUCACCAAGGUGCAGGAGCUGACUUCUUCCAAAGAAUUGUGGUUUCGGGCAGCUGUGAUUGCAGUUCCCAUUGCUGGUGGGCUGAUUUUAGUGUUGCUGAUUAUGUUGGCCUUGAGGAUGCUCCGAAGUGAAAACAAGAGACUGCAGGAUCAGCGGCAGCAGAUGCUCUCUCGUUUGCACUACAGCUUUCACGGACACCAUUCCAAAAAGGGGCAGGUUGCAAAGUUAGACUUGGAAUGCAUGGUCCCGGUCAGUGGGCACGAAAACUGCUGUCUGACCUGUGAUAAAAUGAGACAAGCAGACCUCAGCAAUGAUAAGAUCCUCUCCCUCGUUCACUGGGGCAUGUACAGUGGUCACGGGAAGCUGGAAUUCGUAUGACAGACUCUUAUCUGAACUAAACUUCUUGAACCCUUGAAGGUCUUCGAGUUCUGCUGGACAGGAGCACUUUAUCUGGAGACAAACAAAGUCAUUUAAUCAUUUUUGAGAGACAAAGACCUCUGCAAACAGAAUCUUGGAUAUUUCUUCUGAAGGAUUAUUUGCACAGACUUGAAUACAGUCAAAUGUAUUAUUUGCUUUAAAAUUAUAAAAAGCAAAGAGAAGACUAUGUACACACUGUUACCAGGGUUAUUUGCAUCCAAGGGAGCUAGAAUCGAGUACCUAAAUGAACUAAAUGUGCUCUGUGUUAGCUCCUACAUCUUGAUUUAUUGUAAAGAUUUUUAAAAUAUAUAUUUUUUGUCUGAAAUUUAGUAGUGUGGUUCAUAAAUUAAAAACCUAAGUGGUGGGGCUAGGGAUGAGGCUCAGAGGUAGAGUGCUUGCUUAGCAUGUGUGAGGCCCUGGGUUCAAUCCCCAGCACCACAAAAAAGAAAAACAACCUUAAUCAAAAUGUUAAUUACACAAAUGAAGAUCUGUUGCUCAUACUUCAUUUUUAACUGUAGGAUUUGGCUGGAUUUUCUUUGUUUGUUUUAAUAACAAGACUAAAAUCUUGUUUAUUCUCAAACAACGCAAUUUUCUUACACAUGAAUUAAGCGUGUACUGACCAUCUUUCAGUAUGUUUUCUACUUUUUUUAAAGGAUAUUUCUGGUAAGAUUUUUUUUUCUUUUCUUUUAGUACUAAGGACUAAGUCCAGGGCCUUUUGCAUACUGAGCAUACACUCCUCCACUGAGCUAUACCCCCGUCCCUAAGAGAAUUUUUAAAGUUAUUUAUACCAGGUCAGGUAACUGAUGGUUUUCUGAAGUUGCCAUAGCAAAGAUAAUAUUUAUCAGCUUGAUCCAGUUGUUCUGCAAUACCUUUAUAAAUGUGUCUACCUACACCCUAACUAAACAUAUUUUUUGGUAUUUAAAGUUAACCACUGUCUAGUUUUACAGCUGAUUGACUAUUCUGCCUCAAACCAAAUUAAAUAUUUUGUCUCCCAAGUUAGUCAGACUUUAUUGUACAGUGUUUCUGGUUUUCAAAUUUUAUUUUUUUUAAACUUUAAUCCUUAGAAAGGUUUUCAUUAGUAAACAUCAUAUGCCAAUUGAGAAUUAACACAGUGCUACUAGAUUUCUAUUCCCCAAAUAAUCAUUUUAUUAAUAUAAUCAAAUAAAACAUAGGCAUUAGCCAGUAACUGAUGCAGCUAAGUACCACUUGCCACCUCCUUAAGACAUCUGUUAACACAGCCCUUUAAACCUAUAGUAUAUUUGUGUACUCCUCCCUCAAAUGGAUCUUGGUUAUCUUAAACAUGAGAAUAAUUUGCCAUGGAGGUUUUUUCUCAAUUCUUUUGUAUAUUUGAAAUUUUUUGCUUCAAAAUAGUCUAUAGCCUGCAUAAUUUGAGGAUGAGGUUUUCUUGUAUUAAUAUUAAAAGCAUUUUUGCAUACUUUUAUUAGAUUAUUUUAUGAUAAGUGUAAUUUGGGUUUCUUAAGUCAGUUCAGUAGUCAAUUUCAUGGAAGAAUCUGAGUUGAAAUUACUAGUAUAAAAAUGAGUAGAUUAUUUUGACAAUUAAUAGAUCACUGCCCCAAACAAAUUAGGCUAUGGAAUAAAUACACAUUUUAAUAAAUGACAGCAUUUGUAUUGUGCUUCUUGGGACUGAUGCUUUUUACAUGUCUAUCUUGUUAUUUACAAAAGGUGUUGUUCUACUUGUGUCAAAAAUUUUUUUUAUUUGGUGUUGGGAAUUGAACCCAUGGCCUUAGGCAUGCUAAGUGUGUUCUUUGCCACCUAGCUACACUUCCAGCUCCCAGAAGUGUGUCAGUAUUUAAGAAUGAUUGAACCCAACCAUUCAAAUCUCCCUAGAGGAGAACUGAUCAAAAUUGUCAAUUGGUGAAAUUUACAUCCUUAUCUCCACUGUCUGGCUCUUGAUCAAAGUAUAGUACUUUUGUUGCUUGAAGAUAGAGACUUCUUGCCCCUCAAACAUUCUUGCACAGUAUCAUUCAAAGUCAGUGAUGGUUUAGUCACUAUCAGCUAUGUGUAGUCAAGUUUUCUUCCUCUGCUUAUUUUCUGUUGACCUGAUUUCUUCCAAGUACCAGUUAACUAGGAACUCGGCAAAUCAUUAGGAAAUAAAGGAUUUAAAGUAAUGUGCUUUGAAAUCUGUAAACCUCAUCCUACUGGAAAGGCUUGAGUCUGGGCUGGUAUUGUGGAAAUUUAAUGGAAGAUGAAUUUGAAGAGUUUCCCCCUGCCUCUUGUUCUAUUGUGUACUCAGGAGUCAGUUUAUAUCUCCCUGUCCUUUAAGGUCCCUGGCCUUUCAUACUGACUUAUUUUUCUGAGACUCAAGUUCAAGGCAGAACUUGGAUUUAGAGCCCUGUCUCUUCCUAAAUCCUCUCCCGUUUGAUAUUCAUUUACUAUUUAUAUUUGUCUUUACCACUAGCAGAUCUGCAUAUAACUUGGGGCUUUCAAUUAAAAUACCACAGACUGAAUUUUAUUAAGAACUGUAUAUAGACUUGACAUUUUUUCCCCCUAUGAGAGUAU